GUAUUUUGAAGUUUGUGGAAAUCACAGUUAACCUCCUGGUGCUGGUUUGUGUGAGUGCUUCCCAAGCCUCUGUUGCAGGCUUCACAUCCCUUGGAGGCUUUGGAUCCUUUGGCCUGAAUUCAGCCUAUAGCCCCUUCGAGGGCACGGAGCUCCGGGAAGUGAGGGAUCUAGACAUGCAGUUCACCCAGAUGAGAGCCCCUUGUGUGUAUGGCGGAGUAGCCUUCAGCUUAACAGCAGCAGCACUUACCCUUGUCUUCCUCGUCGUGGGGGCAAAACCCAUCCAGCAGCUCAGGACGGGGCUGCUGGUGGGGGAAUGUGCCUUCAACCUGCUGGCUGGUGCAGCAUACAUUGUGGCAGUUGGCCUCUACCUGCAUUUUGUCAGCCAGGUGAACUCCACGGAGGUUUGCAAGCGGCGCGAGAGGCUGUAUGCUCGCCGUGGCUACACCUCCAUGAGCUGCGUGGUCCAGGGCGGGGAUGCAGCUGUUGGCCUUUUUGGUGUUGUUGCUGCCUGUUUGUACUUUGCCAGCUUUGUGGUCUGCAUCUUUGCUAUCCGAACCGUCCGGGCCUUCCAGAGCCACAUGGCCAAGGCUCAGCACAGCCCCAAAGGCAGCAUUAGAGACAGAAGCGUCACAAAACCCCAUGCUGUUCACAGGACCUCUGAAAGCUCCCACAACAUCCAGGCUCUUGCCACAUUAGUGUGA